UUAUAUAUUUCAUCAUGCGUAUAUAUGCAUUUUUGUAAGAAUUUUGUGAUUCGUGCGAGAAGCAUAAAAUCUUUAGAAUCUGAAAAUGGAGUUACAGUUUCGUAGUGUUUUGUGAUCAAUCGCAUGUCUCGUGACGACAAUAUCUUUACAUUCGCGUUGGAGGCUUUAAUCUUUUUUCAGACAAGAGUGCGAACAUAAUUUAACUGCACAGGAUGGAUAUUAACCGUUACUUUAAUGAGUCCCACGGAUCAUUUGUUCAGUUCUGCCUUGUAACGCUGCGUCUGACACGCUUGGACUUCUGUAGAGAUAUAACUGAUACUUACAUGAUGUGAAAAACCGGUAUUGUACGAGCGCGUAUUAAAGCAGUUGUAAAAACUUGGCUAAUAAACGAGGAAACGAAUAAUCCUCGUUAUAAAAACAUUAUACGCAAAAAUGUACGGAUACAUAAUGUAAAUGUAUAUGCAGAUUGUAAAGUAUUAUUGUACAAUGUACCGUAUAAUGUACAGUUGAGGCCGUUAUAUGUGUACGUAAAACGUGUCUUCGGCUUCAUCUUACAGUGUCGAAAGCAUAUGGAAAAGGCUAAAAAUUAAUAGACAUGAAUCAAUACAGCAGAUUGCAGACGACGGAUUUUUCUUUCCCUCAGGCUGCUGCAACAGCUUAUUCAUCUCGACUCGUCGCGUCUCCACCGAGUCCGGCUACAUUGUCGUAAAUAUACUCGACACGGGAAUAUCCGAACAGCCGAAAGACUGACCCAGUUUUCGUACUUGCAAUCAGCCGCGCUGCUAUAAUGUGCUUGAGAUGUCCAUGCUGUUCCAGUUUAACGUAUGCACCCCGGUGUCUGCCCAUUGUUCGGCAUACUUAUACCGUGUAACAUACAUGCAUACAUACGUGUAUGUGCGGCGAUAGUAAGAGGGGCAUGCGCCGUUAAUUAAUAGUACAUUGUGUAACGAGGACGCAAAUUCGGUCUUUUCGGGCCUAGCGUAAGUUGACAAUAUGAGUCGUAGGUGAGCCGAAGACGAAUAUUGCAAAUACGCGAGACGAAAAGACCGUUGCCUCCUUGCUGCACACGAUUUAUAUAACGUAGAGUGUGUUACGCGUUUUUUCACGAAGCAUGAAAUUGAGGUUAGGGUUGCGUAAUGUCGGAUUUGUUCGCGACGGCGCAUGCGCUCGGUACUGAGAAGACCAGUUUUAACUCCUAGGACUUGAAAUUGGACUUUUCAGUUCUCCGCGCAUGCGAGUUCGCAGACUUAGUCAACCGUCAUAGAAACGGGUACUUUGUGUACGGAAAACGCGCAAACAUGCUCGCGUCAUAUAAAUGUAUUUUUAUGUAAGUAACGCAUCGCAUGCACGCGUGUCUGCGGUAACGCCUUAUACCUGCUUUUAAACGCGUCGGGAAUUUCACGCGAUGCGAGAAUAGGAUAUGCGACGACGUAUUUUCUCAUCGACUCGGCAAUCAGCCUGUAUAGCAGCUGUUCCUAUACCAUCAGCUAUCGAGGCUUCACCACACACUGGACAACGGCUCAGCUUCGUAUUUCAUUAACGAAAUGUUCACCCGCAAUUGAAUCGGUGAACCGUGAAUUAACUUACGGAAUUGGGAAACAACAAAACAGAUGACUUGAGUACGCCAGGAAGUUCAGGGGCCAAUAUGGGCAGCAUUGCAAGAUUUCCAAAAUUGGAUGAAUGUGCUCACUUUCACUAUGAGCAUGUCGAACUUGGGGCACUGGAGGUAUCGGUUAGCGAAGAUCCAAACGAUGACAUGUACGAUGUCAGAGUGACUUCUGGCGACGCAUGUUGGACCCUACAACGCUCGUAUGAAAACUUUGUCAUGUUUGACAAGCAGUUGCAUCGAUGUAUAUUCGACAGGAAGUUUUCAUCGCUAACAGAGCUUUCCGACGAUCAACCAGAGAAUACUACAGUCGUGUUGAAGGAUUACUUGUCCCGAUUUUCACAGCUCAGUCAUGAGGGCUUGAAUUGUGGGCCUGUUUUAAAUUGGCUACAACUGGACAAUAGGGGAAGAAGAAUUCUUGUUCCAGAGGCUGAUUCGUGUCCAAUUAACACGCCAGCUGUAGCUGCAGCUUACGCUGUUAGGCCUUAUGCUGCACAAGCCCAGGAUGAGAUUUCAUUUCAGGUUGGGGACAUGAUCUCAGUAAUCGAUAUGCCACCUCCUGGGGAAAGCACUUGGUGGCGCGGAAAACAUGGUUUUGCUGUUGGUUUCUUCCCGGCAGAGUGUGUCGCUGUCAUUGGUGACAAAGUACCUCGUCAUUUAACUGUUUCGACAACAGUAAGGUCGAAACUCCCAGUUAAGCCAGUGCUUCGAAAACAUGGAAAGCUCAUAGCUUUCUUUAGAUCAUUUAUACUCAAUAGACCGUCAAGAAGAAGGCUGAAACAGUCGGGAAUAUUGAAGGAACGAGUUUUUGGAUGCGAUUUGGGAGAGCAUCUACUGAAUUCAGGUCAAGAUGUACCAACGGUGCUUACCUGCUGUGCCAAAUUCAUUGAAACUAAUGGUCUGGUUGACGGGAUAUAUCGUCUAAGUGGAGUAACCUCUAACAUUCAACGACUGAGGCAUGCGUUUGACGAGGAUAGAGUACCAGCACUUCAUUCGGACGAAAGUAUACUGCAAGACAUUCAUUCAGUGGCUUCGUUGCUGAAAAUGUACUUCAGAGAAUUACCUAAUCCAUUGUGCACGUAUCAGCUAUACUCCGCUUUUGUUGGAGCAGUGCAGGCUGAAACAGAUGCAGACAGAUUAAGAUACAUGAGAGAUGCAGUGCGCAAACUACCCCCACCUCAUUACAGGACACUUGAAUACCUGAUGAGACAUCUGGCUAAAGUCGCAGCGUGUGGGAAAGAGACUGGUAUGACUUCUCGCAAUGUAGCUAUUGUCUGGGCACCUAAUCUUCUCCGCUGCAAGGAACUGGAAGUUGGUGGAGUGGCAGCUCUUCAAGGGGUUGGCGUGCAAGCCGUCGUUACUGAAUUCUUAGUUUGUUAUGCAGAGCUGAUCUUUGGUGAUGGUCCUGUCGGCAGGCCUAAAUCCUUGGCUAUUACGACACCAGCUAGACUUUUAAGUCUAGAAGAGGCUAGGAGUCGUGUGCUCCGUGGUGAAUCUGAUUACAUAGAAGUUGGUGCAGGUCCAGCUGGCCUGCCUCUACACUAUCAUACGGUUAUCGAAUUGCCCAGGAAAAGACACGGAUCAAAAAGGUCGCCGUCGUUGAAUUGGAGAGCGCUAUUCACCAGAGGUGGCUUGGGAGCUCGUGGUAAGGCCAGGCAAGCCAGAACUCCACCUCAAGUUGAGAUUCCCAGUUCUCUAAACUCGUUACGAAGACUGAGGCCAGUUAAAAGUGCCGAUAGUUUGGAUGGCGAGGAUAGUCUUGGACCGCUUCUCGGACCACCGCCCAUUAGACCCUGUGGUCACAGUCGUUCUAUAUCACACGAUUCCUAUUUUGAUCACUUAGCGGAUGCCCCCAGUUCUAAUUCGCCAUUGGACUUGUCAGAAAUUCAGCUGAACUUUGAUUUGGAAGAAAGGGAAAUGAGAAUGUUCUCGGAGGAUGAAGGGGGUGGCAUUGCUUCUAUUGAAGCCUCUCCGAGAAGGCAACGACCAGAGGGUCCACAAUGUACUGCUGUUAGCGGAGGAUCCAAGAGAAAGAGGUCCAGACUGGAAGAGCGAUUGCACUGCGACGUCGAGCUACGAUUCAUUGAUAGCCAAAGCCCAGAUCAGGUCAUGGUUUCGGCAGAGGUGCAUGGUACGGAGACUCCUUCUCCUUUACCAACGCCAGGUUACUUGCCGUUACUUUCAGAAGCCUCGACGCCGUUAACGCCUGCAACUUUACCAGGAACUCCUCCGUCUAUUUCACCGAAUCCAGCCAGCAGUUCUAGGAUAAGUUUCAGGAGUUUUACGUUACCCUUAGACAUUAGCGACAACCAAAAUAGUCAAGACAAAUUAAAGAGGGUUACAGUUUCUUCCGAUCGAAUAUCUAAUUCUAGUCACAGACUAUCACCUAAUAAUGACAACGAAAAUGACAUUAAGUUGUGCGACAGAAUCUUAACUCCUGCCUCGGACCAAGAUAUGACACCUUGCGAACGAAUAACUCCGACCUAUGACAGACUCACGGAAUCUUAUGAUAGCAGAAUAACUGCAUCGUCUGAGGGGCAAGAGAUUUCUGAAGAAUCUUGUCAAAGGGUGUUGGAUUCACCAGAUCAAGAAAUGACACCUUGCGACAAAAUGACGCGAGACAACAGUUGCACGAGUUAUGAUGGCAUUACGUUGCCGUCUAAUGAGAUUCUUGAGUCUAGUUCAAGUUGUGAAAGAAUAUUGCCGUUAAGUCCGGUCAAAACAAGCUACGAUGAAAGUAUUCCAGAAUCUGAUUCUUCAGUACACAUUGGCGAUGGCACACAAGACAAUCAACUAGAAUCUUCUAGUUGCCUGACAUCUUCGGAAUUGCAAGAGAACGCCUGUUCAGAAGAUAGCAGCAGAUCCAUUCUGCAUAGUGAGAAUGUUUCACAAAGUACAUCUCUCAGUUCUCAAACAGAAGAGUUGAUCGCUGAAACGCUUAAAACUCUCGGUAGUGAACCCAGUAAGUUACCAUUGACUAAUACCGAUCUUGAUUCUCCAAUGUCGUGUGAACAAACUCUCGAAGACUUACCAGAUUCUGGUUUUGUGAUCUGCGAUAGUUCUGAUAGAAUGCUUACCAAUACAGAAACUCAACCAAUGACAUCAAACCCGAAUGACUCUGGGGAAUGGGUAAUGGUUGAAAGAACAUCCGAGUCUGGAGUCUCGCCGACUAGCGUUUCCAGUGAUCUUACGGAUCUUAUACAGGAAACUGUGGAUCCUGCAUUAGCGACGGAUGCACCGCAGAUACAAUCCUUGUCGGAAAACAUUUCUAGAACAUCGCUCGAUCUCACAAUGGGUUCGACUAUUGCUACGGAUGUUGAUACGUCUUGUAUUGGUAUCAGUGAAUUGACAGACAGUCCUGUAAUACAGGCAAAAGAAUCUGGAAAUGCAGCUUUGCGUCCGAUUGAAGCAAAGGAAUGCAAAGAAAUGAUGGAGCAUGAUGAGCGUAUUAGCGAAGAAAAAGUUUUCGCGUCUGGCGAUCGUGGACAAGAAAAUACUUGUGCGAAUGGGACAAGAUUAUCUAGCAGUGUGCAGUUUGUGUUACGGGAUCAAACCAGUACUUCUCGGAGGGACGAAAAUGAAACAGAACUUGUGAGUAGGCGUUCACCUGCUAAGCACCAGAUGAAUUUACAUUUGAAUUGUGUGAAAAAACCACUCCACGAAACUCAUUUCAACGACCCGGAGGUGUACUCGGAAAAUGAUGGCACAAAUACUGAUGGAAACUGUAGAACCAAGAGCGAAGGUUGUCCCAGUACACAGACAUCACUCAAUCAGCAAGGUGAUUUUCAAUAUCAACUUUCACCUAGCGAUUCCGGAAAGCAUCAAAAUAGUUCGUACAAUAAUAAAAGCCCAGAGCAUCAACAGUUUUACAGACAAACAUCUGAAAAUCGAUUACAUUGUCAGGUAAGUUCAAAAAUUCAACAAAACUAUGAUAUGUCGAACAAAUAUCAUUCUGAACAUGUACUUGAGGAUGAUGAUUACUCAGAUACAAAGCACGGUGAUACGCGACACUCUCAAGUAAAUGUUCCAAAAACGUUGCACCAUUCACAAAACAAUGUAGAAGUAGUUAUACCAUCAGAGAAUGCUGCAGAGCCAUGCGAAAUAGCACAUGCUCCUGAGGGUGCAUCAGAAGCACCCUCUCUAGCUUCAUCUUGUACAUUUUCCAAUGCAUCGUCACCAGUUGACGAUUCAGUUGUAUUGCGCGACACAGCUGCGAUCUUGGAAGAGUUAGCUCUACAAAGAUUAUCAGGCGGAGGAACAAACGAUAUGCCUAUUACUCCUAGAAGGAGAUAUGACUCUGAGAUAACAAGGGACCGUCGAAGCUUCGACUCUGAAAUUGGACGAGAAAUAGUCAGGGAACAUAAGAUAAAACAAGAGUUAGAUUCUGCCAGAGGGAAGUCCGAAGAACCCCCGAACAACGGGUCUCAACAUUUACCCCCGUGCCUGAGAGCUCGACAAGCGAGAGCCACGCGCGCCGCUUUGAGUCGUUCACUGGACGAAGCCAAGUUUAAUCAAAUGACCGGUGGCUCGUCUCUGCCGACGAAACAAGCUUCUGAAGACUCGCAGCAUAGUUCUACGCCAAAUGUAGGCUCUCAAUCUUCCAUGCUUUCGUCAAACAACUUGGAAAGAACGUCACAGAAAAAUUUGGGAGGCAUUGAUUUGGGGGAUCCAAGGUGCAGGGAGAGGAUAGAAAGAUAUAAAGAGGAGAGGAGAACAUUUCUAAGAGAUAAAUAUAGAUCUGAAAGCUUUCGAGGAGCAAGGUCGAGAGCUGAUGACGAAGGAGAACAAGCUCUGUUGGCUAGAUUAAAGCAGCGAGCUUCCAGGCCAUCUCUUCAUUGACCAAGUGAUAUUCGUAAGUCCCGUACUCUCUUUAUCUUUGCUAAAUAAAGAGCCUAUUGUAUUUUAUGAGAACCACAUUAAUGUGGAUCUAUUAUUUAACCGUUCUCAAAGUUUGACUGAUUCUUUUUCAAUCGAUUAGUCUGGCCAAGUUUUCAAACAUUGGGCUCAUGCUUUCGUCACACUCAUGAAUUAUUGUGGCAUUUAAUGAACUUUGUGACAAUGAUGAAGGAGAAGCAUUUGCGUUCCCCCUUGUUAGAUCGGAUUUAAUUAUCGGAGAUGUACCAGAGCAGAACUAUGGAUUUAGGUUUUAUUUUAUUUUAAAAUAUAAUGCUAAACAUUUAUAAACAUGGUACUUGAUAUUCUACUGUCGCCAUUGGUUUCUCAAUCUUGAACGCGUUAUUUUGUUGAAGAUAUAAAAAUGUUACAUCUACAGGUAUGUAUUCGAUUUUAUUCAGAUUAUUCUGGAUUAAAGAAAAUGUGUUAUUAUACAAGAAAAUCCAUUCCUCUUUAAUAACUUUAUUACGCGACAACUCAGUUGGAAUUCAACAAAUUUUCAUUUCCUAAUUCAGACUUAUUUUUUAAUCCUGUAAUGAAUAUUGAGACAGCCCUUUGUUUCUCCUUUUUUAUUCCAUAAUUAUAUGUAUACGUUCAGAAUUCUGGUAUUUAAGGAGAAUUUGUGAAUUACCGACGUCAAAAGCGGUGUUUAUUUCAUUUUGUUACCAAUUAAAUUCAUACUGGUUAUUAUAUAGCGAUAACUUUGAUGUUCGAAGUCUGAAGGUUGUGUUUUCUUUACAUAUCUAGUAAUUAUUAGCCAAAGGAUACAGAGUUAUCCAUAUCUAAUGACACUCUAUAUCUUAUUUCGUUAACUUUUAUAUCACGUCAAUGUGUUUCCUCUUACAAUUUAUUUAUCAUUCAAUUAUUGAUACAUUUCAUAUACUACCAAGGGCUCUGGUGCGUUUCAAUACUUACAUUAAAAAUUUCAUCAGCAAUUGACAAAAUGAAUCACAAAUUUUUAUAAUUCACGUCUUUAUUAAGUUAAGUAUUUUAUAUAAUGUAUGUAAGAAUGUUAUUAAUUUUUCAUGUUAUGGGCAGGUCCAUAGUAAUAUUAAUGUGUUUUGUACAUGCUAGUUUUUAAUUACGUGUAUAGGUCAGCGAUCUAAUAUAUUGACUUGAGGUUAGUUCAUUCUUUGAAUCAAUUGCUGGUGAAAAUUUUUCGUGAAAUCAAGAUUACUAUUAGAAGUUCAAUAAUUUUUCCGUAGGCACAAUUAUCCGCAUAUUUAUAGACUAAUACAUUAUUCACGCCGCCAAACCGCGAUUCUACCGUUCGUAGUAUGGAAAUAUACAUACAACGUUUUAUUAGCUUUACUAUAAAUCUACUAACGCCGUUAACGAAUACUCCAAAAUUAUAUUGACAAUAUGGUGUUCAUGGAGAACGCCGUGCAUAUACAUAAAAUAUUAUAUAAUAGGUAUAGAUAUAAAAACAGAAACCAGAAAUCUCUCCAAUAAAAGAAUCUAUAGGCAACAAAAAAACCGGACCAUAAAUGUUCAGCCAUUAAGUCUUAUUAUUAUUAGUAUGGUAUCUCGUGAUGAUAGUACAUAGUUAUAAAUGUAUCAAAGAUAGGUAAUAGGUUAUUUGGAAAGUUGGGCUAUUCAACUGUCUAAAAAUCGCUUUAAUUUUUAAAAUUCUUUGCCUACUUUGAUAUUUGAGACCAUGACUUUAUUUACAACUGAUUAUAGAUUCAAGUUUACAGCUUUCUGAUCAAUAUUAAAUUUUCUCUAUUAUUUUGUCACCUUCUAAAAUGCAGAUGUUUUCUUCUUUCAAGCAAUCCAUACGUCAUGGUACUUAUCGAUAAUCAUUAUUCCACUCUUUAUAUUUAUAUUGGAAAAACAAGAGAUUCAAUAUUUGUCUAUGUAGUUAUAACUCUCAUAAGGUAAUCCAGAUACAUGAAUGCUGUUAAGCUCGCCAUCUUACUAUUCUAAAUCAAGUUAAAAAUUAUAAUCAACUUUCCAGUCUAAUCAUACGUGACGGUACAUAACGCAAUGCGCAAUACAUACCGUAAAGAUAUUUAUUUUUAAUAAUUUGACAUUCGUGAAUAGUGAUUAUUAUUCAUUUUAGGAUUAUAGGUAAUUACCAACAAGGCUUUACUGCUGACGAUAAUAUUAUA